GUGUGUGACAGCUACAGAUAAGCAGAGAGCUCUGGACAGGAAAUCCGCCCAACUUCUGCAGUGUGAGGCUUAGGAACUCUCUUUUAGAUCGAGGCACCAACAGAAUGAGACAGUGCUGGCCACAACAUGGGGGACACACUGGAGAAGAGCUCUGAGGAGCCGGAGUUCUCCUUGGACAAUGAGUGUUCGACAAAAAUGGGGGAGCUGGUGGAGGUCUCCAGCAGUGAAAAGAUCAAGUUUGAUGAUACGGGACUCUCUCUGGUGCUUCAGAAUGGCCUGGAGAACCUUCGGCUUGAAAAUUCCCUUACAGAUGUCAUCCUGUGUGUGGACAGCAGGGAAUUCUCCUGUCACCGAGUGGUCCUCGCCGCAGCCAGCAAUUAUUUCAGGGCCAUGUUCUGCAACGAUCUAAGAGAGAAAUAUGAAGAGAAGAUUAUACUUAAAGGAGUUGAUGCGGAAACCAUGAAUAUACUCUUGGACUAUACCUACACCAGCAAGAUGCUCAUCACAAAGCAAAAUGUACAGAAAGUUUUGGAAGCCGCCAGUCUCUUUCAGUUCCUGCGCAUGGUAGAUGCUUGUGCUAGUUUUCUCACUGAAUCCCUUCAGCCAGACAACUGCGUUGGCAUCCUGAGGCUGGCUGAUGCCCACUCCCUGCACAGCCUGAAGCAGCAGGUGCAGAACUACAUUAUCCAGAACUUCACCCAGGUCCUGAGCUACGAGGAGUUCCUGGAGCUCCCGGCCGAUGUUCUCUGCAGCACGCUGAAGAGCGACGAUCUUUACGUCACGGAAGAAGCACAGGUGUUUGAAACUGUCAUGAACUGGGUCCGUUACAAAGAGUCAGAGAGGUUUCCUCUCUUGCCAAGUGUGCUGGAGAACGUCCGUCUGCCCCUGUUGGACCCUUGGUAUUUCGUAGAGUCUGUUGAAGCCGAUCAGCUCAUUAGGCAGUGUCCGGAUGUCUUUCCUUUGCUCCAGGAAGCAAGAAUGUACCAUCUGUCAGGCAAUGAGAUUAUUACAGAGAGAACCAAGCCCAGGAUGCACGAGUUCCAGUCUGAGGUGUUUAUGAUCAUAGGGGGCUGUACUAAAGAUGAGAAAUUUGUAGCAGAAGUGACUUGCCUGGAUCCUCUGAGGCGAAGCCGCCUGGAAGUGGCGAAAUUACCAAUCACAGAGCAGGAGACGGAGAAUGAGAAUAAAAAAUGGGUGGAGUUUGCAUGCAUUACGCUAAAAAAUGAAGUCUACAUAUCGGGUGGCAAAGAAACACAGCAUGAUGUCUGGAAAUACAACGCCUCCAUCAACAAAUGGAUACAAAUCGAGUACCUGAACAUUGGGCGAUGGAGGCACAAAAUGGCUGUGCUGGGCGGCAAAGUGUAUGUCAUUGGGGGGUUUGAUGGCGUGCAGAGAAUCAACAACAUGGAGGCAUACGAUCCCUUUCAUAACUGCUGGUCAGAGGCUGCUCCCCUGAUGGUCAAUGUCAGCUCCUUUGCAGCAGCGAGCUACAAGAAGAAGCUCUAUGUGAUUGGGGGAGGGCCCAACGGGAAGCUAGCAACGGACAAGACACAGUGCUACGACCCUGCAGCCAACACGUGGAGCCUGAGAGCUCCCAUGCCGGUUGAAGCCAAAUGCAUCAAUGCUGCAAGUUUCCGUGAUCACAUUUACGUUGUGGGUGGGGCGAUGAAAGCUCUCUACUCGUACAGCCCCCAAGAAGAUACGUGGUGCCUCGUGACUCAGUUCACCCAUGAGAGAGCCAGCUGUGGGAUCUCUCCUUGCAACAACAAGCUGUUCAUCACCGGCGGCCGAGAUGAAAAGAAUGAAGUAAUUGCGACAGUGUUGUGCUGGGACCCUGAGACCCAGAAACUGACAGAAGAGUGUGUCCUGCCACGGGGAGUGUCACAUCACGGCAGCGUUACCCUCAGGAAGUCCUACACACACAUCCGCAGAAUUGUGCCCGGGGCAGUUUCUGUCUGACUGCAGGAAACUGCACAGAAACUCAAUACCUUGAUGCCCCUGUGGCACAGCCUGCAGGGACGGUGUUUUUGGCUGCAGGUAGCAAUGGACAGCAGCUCUGCCAUUAGGGUCACCUGGGGAAUAUCUGUAUAUAUGCUCAGCCCUUGCGUUUUCUCUGUACAGUAUGUCCUUAAAUUAUCUUAAUUCCUUCCCUCCAGAAAAAAAAAGGCAUCAGCUGUAGUUUACUCCUGCCAAGACUGUAGCUCCAGUCAGACAAAGACGUGUGAUAGCUGGGUAGGAAACUCAGUUCCCUGCUAGAUCUGCCUGAAGGGGCUCAGCCUGUCCUGAAGUUUGUUCUGUUAUUUAUUGUGAUUAGUUGGACUUGCAGCACCUGCUGGUGAAAAAGAGAAGAUACUUUUGGAAUUAAAGUUUUAUAACUGCCGUGAAAUAUAAUGUUGUUUUCUCCAAAGUUGUGCUUUUUCUCAGUGAUUGGCACAUUAGCUUAAGUUAAAACUGGUUUGUUUGCUUGCUUGAAGACACUUCGUUAGAUUUUCAUCUCUGUGUGAUGAAAAAUUCCAUCUCAAUUUGCAAGCUUUGCUGUCAGUCCCAAGGAAGAGACUGCACCAGCUGCAAAUAUAAAUUAACUCUAAUCUUGUUCCACUGAACGUUCAUUGUGGUUGUUUUCUAAUAAAGCAGACCAAAACUUG